AUGUGUGAAACCCUAGUGGAAUUGCGUAUCGGUGCUUAUGUAGUGCUCCCGGCGGCCGGCGAUGUGUGCCUGCCGGCACUUAAGAGGCUUUAUCUUAAGGGGGCUGAAUCCUUGCCCCGCCUGAUAUCUGGCUGCCCAGUGCUUGAGGAGCUUAGCAUAGUUAAUAAAAAUACGGCCCAAAAUUUGGAGAUUUGUUCGCCAACGCUACUUAGGCUGGAGCUCAAUAUACAACCUGAUGACCAUGGAAUUGAUGGAAACAAGUACUUUUGGGUGAAGCUACUUACUCCGGCGCUUAGGUUUUUAAACAUGAUCGAGUAUGUUUUCGAUAAUAUCUCUACCGGGAGACUUGGUUCAUUGGCGGUGGCAAAUGUUUCUCUCGGAUGUGAAUCUCGCUUUAAGUUAGAAUUUGUGGGCAAGCUGUGUAAUGUGGGGAGUCUAGAUUUAUGUCAUGGAGUGAUGGAGAUUUCCGACUCUACAUUCUCUGCUCUGACUGGGAAGUUUCAUAAUUUAACCAAACUCACAUUGAGUGCAGACUGGCGUUUUCUCUCGUUUUUUCUUGCGAACGCUGAUAAUCUUCAAGUCCUUACGAUCCGUGUAAUUGGAUGUGGUAAUAUCAAAGAAUGGAGGGAGCCCCACCAAGUUCCGACGUGUCUAUCAUCGCAUCUCAAAACUGUGGCGAUCGAGCCAUACGAGUGCACGGAGGAAUGGUUAUUCAUAAGUUAUGUUCUGAGAAAUGCUGAAGUCCUGAAGUUGAUGAAGGUUAUCAAGCUUCCUUACUAUCCAUGCAAAGAUUUGGUGUUUGAUGCGCUCAAGAGAAGAAUUUUACAGUUGCAGCCAGAUGUAGAAACCGUCAGUAAGCGCUUUUGCGUAGGACUCGACAGGUUUAGCCAGCGGAUUUUUGGAAUUGAAAAAGAUGUUGUUGACUAUGGCGGGGCCUCAUCAUACAUAGCAGCCAGCCAGUCCUGGCACAUCGGAGUUCGUGCCAAGGCCUCGAAAAAGCUGGUCUCUUUCAUAACCGGGAUCCCCGCAAGAAUCCGAGCCCGCGACUCGGUCGUUUUAAUGGCCGAGGUGAAUUUUUUGUGUGUGCACAAGAAGCUCAGGUCAAAACGGCUGGCCCCAGUUAUGAUAAAGGAAGUCACUCGUAGGGUCCACUUAGAGAACAUCUGGCAAGCGGCUUACACUGCUGGUAUUGUUCUCCCGACACCAAUCGCGACUUGUCAGUAUUGGCACAGGUCACUGAACCCGAAAAAGCUCAUCGAUGUCGGUUUUUCGAGGCUCGGGGCACGAAUGACUAUGAGCCGCACGAUCAAGCUGUUCAAGCUGCCCGAUCAGACGGUGACUCCCAGGUUCAGGAAAAUGGAGACCCACGACGUGCCAGCUGUCACCCGUUUGCUCCGGGACUACUUGAAGCAGUUUGUUGUGGCGCCCGAUUUCGACGAGAAUGAUGUCGAGCACUGGCUGCUGCCUAAGGAAGGCGCUGUGGAUAGUUUUCUGGUCGAGAGCCCUGAAACUCAUCGGAUCACCGAUUUUUGCAGUUUCUACACUCUCGAGUCGUCUAUACUCGGCAGCCCGAACCACUCGAUUCUCAACGCGGCUUAUUCUUACUAUAAUGUGGCUACCGCGACUCCUUUGCUUCAGCUGAUGAACGAUGCGUUGAUUGUUGCCAAGAAGAAGGAUUUCGAUGUUUUUAAUUCUUUUGAUGUGAUGCAUAACGAGAGCUUCUUGAAGGAGCUCAAGUUUGGCCCGGGGGAUGGGAAGCUCCACUACUAUCUGUACAACUAUCGGCUCAAGCAUGUUCUCAAGGCAUCCGAGCUCGGGCUCGUGCUCUUGUAG